GUGCCUGUGACGAUGUGUACUUCUAGUAUUUAUCUAUCUAGUUCACAGUGAUAUUCCUUCCACGCUGCGGGAAUGGUGACGUGUACGCCGAUUCUGCUGUCCCUCGCCGUCUGUGUUGUUCUUGUGAGCGGCGAGAUGUGCGUGCUGCCCUCUAACUGCACAGUUACGACGUGUGCGACAGGAGACUCCCCGCACUGCCUGGACAACCUGUGUACCUGCCUCGGCCUCUGUGACCCCCAACCCGAACAUGGGCGGUGUAACAAACAAGCUGACUGCAUCCACCGCUACGAGAACCACUUCAUGCAGUGUGUGUGUACGCCCUUAGCCACCCUCCACUGUAUCGACGGUCGGUGCCACUGUGGCUUUCCCCGAUCAUAAAUACUACACACGUGCAGGAUACAUGCAGAUCACACGUUCACAUCACACACUAACAGCACACGUACAUCUCAUGCACAACACACACUGACAACGCCAGUACGGAUCACACAAAUGCAGGACAUUCAGAUUCACGUCAUACCUCAAGACUUGACCUUACUCGAAGGGAUGAAUAAAACAUCAGCAAACA